AUUUUUAUCACUAUUCUUGCACUUCCCAGUUUUUUCAGCUAGAAACAAUGAAAACAUUCCCGCGUUUCAUCCUCCAAACGGAAUUCCUUUCAAAAAUCUCAAUUCCCUCCACAAAUUACGCCUAUUUUAUUUCCUCAAACCACAAGCGAAGAUAUUGCGUUGCUGCACUCUCUGAAUCUACCAAGUCAGCUGAAGAAACGCUGCUGGUGGUUGGCGGCGGAGCUGCCGGAAUAUACGGAGCGAUUAGGGCUAAAACCAUCGCGCCUCUUCUUAAUGUUGUCGUCAUUGAGAAAGCCAAGCCUCUAUCCAAGGUGAAGAUUUCCGGUGGUGGUCGGUGUAAUGUGACGAAUGGCCAUUGCAGUGAUACUAAGAUUCUGGCAGGAAAAUACCCGAGAGGUAAUAAGGAAUUACGAGGAUCGUUUUUCAAUACACACGGCCCUAAUGAUACCAUGUCAUGGUUUUCGGAUCGUGGAGUCGAAUUGAAGACUGAAAUUGAUGGAAGAGUAUUUCCGGUCAGCGACAGUUCAUCUACUAUUAUAGAUUGCCUUAUCUCCGAAGCAAAGAAUCGAGGGGUGGUAUUGCAGACUGGGAAAACUGUUACAAGUGUGUCGACAACUAGUGGUGGCAAAUUCUCCGUCAAAGUCGAAAAACGCACGAUUGAUUAUGUCGAGCAUAUUGGAGCUAAUUACUUAAUAAUUGCUAGUGGUAGUAGCGAUCAGGGUUAUAAACUUGCUACUCAACUCGGUCACUCGAUUGUGAAACCCGUGCCCAGUUUGUUCACUUUCAAGAUCGAUGAUUUUCAGUUAGUAGAAUUGUCGGGGGUCACGUUUCCGAAGGUGAGAGCAAAAUUGAAGUUAGAAACUGUACAGAAAAGCAUACCUGAGCAUACACAGAUUGGGCCGAUGUUGGUAACACACUGGGGAUUUAGUGGGCCCGUUAUUCUUCGAUUGUCUGCUUGGGGAGCACGCGAGCUCUCAGAUUCUGAGUACAAAGGCUCGCUUAUUGUGGAUUUUGUUCCUGAUGUUCAUAUAGAAGAUGUGAAGUCGUUACUUACUCUACACAAGAACAAGUUUGCGAAGCAAAAAAUAACCAAUUCAUUUCCGUCAGAAUUCGGGAUUGUGAAGAGAUUCUGGAGAUACAUUUUAGAACAUGAGGAUGCAGUUGAAGAUCUUUUGUGGGCUUCCAUAUCCAACAAUUUAUUAAUAUCAAUUGCUUCUCGUCUUAAAAAUUGUUCCUUUCGCGUCAAAGGGAAGAGCCAAUUCAAGGACGAAUUCGUCACUGCUGGAGGCGUUCCAUUGUCCGAGAUAUCCCUGAAUACCAUGCAGAGCAGGAUUCAACCAAGGCUAUUUUUUGCUGGGGAGGUAUUGAAUGUCGAUGGCAUAACCGGAGGCUUCAAUUUCCAGAACGCUUGGUCAGGUGGAUAUAUAGCUGGAACAACUAUUGGCAACCUGGCAAUAGCAGUUAAUCUGAAGGAGGAAGCUGUGUGAGAAAGAUGCUUGAUCAAAUCUCUGUUCUUUAAUAUCCAUCAGGAUCUAAUAAGUUAUUUUUUUAUGAUUAUAGUUUUAUAAUUGAAAUUAUAUUAUGGAAUAGAUCUUUGUUGAUUGACUUUGUUGUCACUAAAGUAGAUCUAAUUUUUAUUUUAUAAAUGUACAAUUAUAUUUUAAAUAGUUGUUGACCAAUGAAAUUAUGAAAGUGAGAUCUCAUAAGAA